AUGGCACUGCGGUUUUCCUCCAAGCGGGCGUUCACUGUGUUGCGUGCUGCCCGUCUCAGUAGCCUUCACGUUCGCCAUGCAUCAGCCGCAUCCGCCGCACUGAAAGGCUCAAGUCUGCCACAAGACAUGCUAGACUCGAUAGCCCGUGAUGCGACACUCCCAACUCCCGAUCCUCCCUCGAGUUCCAAGACAGCAGGUCUUGUCAAUCAACAACUCCCAUACAUGGUUCCAACCUACGUUCGACCGCCUCCGAUGUUUGAGAAGGGAGAGGGCUGUUAUAUGUGGGAUAUUGAGAACCGAAAGUACCUCGACUUCACAGCUGGAAUUGCGGUCAACGCGUUGGGACACUGCGAUGCCGGCGUUGCACAGGUCCUUGCUGAGCAGGCCAAGCAACUCAUGCACACAUCGAACCUAUACCACAACCCACACACUGGUCUUCUCUCGAAGCAGCUGAUCCAACUCACACACGCGACCGGCGGAUUUGAAAGCGCAACCCGUACCUUCAUAUGUAAUAGCGGCUCCGAGGCCAAUGAGGCCGCCAUCAAAUUUGCGCGCAAGGUGGGAAAGUCUAUAUCCCCUGACACGGAUAAACAUGAGUUUGUCUCGUUCCAUAACUCUUUCCAUGGCCGCACCAUGGGAAGUUUGAGCGCAACGCCAAAUCCCAAAUAUCAGACACCGUUCUCACCAAUGGUACCGGGCUUCAAAUACGGUACAUUCAACAACAUUGAGGCAGUCAGAGACUUGGUCACGGAGUCAACAUGCGGCGUCAUCGUCGAGCCGAUACAGGGCGAGGGCGGCGUCAACGUCGCGACACCUGAAUUUCUUCUUGCGCUCCGAAAACGCUGCACAGAAGUUGGCGCCGUGUUAGUCUUCGACGAGAUCCAGUGUGGUCUAGGAAGGACAGGCCAAUUCUGGGCACAUGCAGGCUAUCCCCGCGACUGCCAUCCAGACAUCGUGACUACUGCUAAAGCCCUUGGCAAUGGUUUCCCAAUCGGCGCCACUAUUGUCAAUGACUUCGUCUGCAACCAUAUCAAGACUGGUGAUCAUGGAACUACCUUUGGUGGUAAUCCACUCGGAUCACGCGUAGCUUCAUACAUCCUCUCCCGACUAUCAUCACCUGAGAUUUUAGACUCGAUUCCAGCAAAAGAGCAAAUGUUCCGUAAGCAUUUCGAAGUGCUAAAGAUAAAGUAUCCACAAGAGAUUAAAGAAGUUCGAGGUAAAGGUCUCAUACUAGGACUACAGCUGGAUGUUGAUCCUACACCAAUCGUUACAGCUGCGCGCGAAAGAGGGUUGCUAAUUAUUACCUGUGGCACCAACACCUUACGGUUCGUUCCUCCGUUGGUGAUCACAGAAUCUGAGAUUGAUGAGGGUAUGACGAUUCUUGGACAGGCAAUGGAGAGUGUAUGGGUUAAAGGCCAAGAUGUGGAAGGUACAGAUGGACAGCAAGAGAUGAGAUAG